GGGGGGUUUCAUGCGCCGUACAAAUCGCGACUGCCGUGGCCGCGGGUAAACAACCGGCUCGUUUCGAUCUUUCUUAUGAGCCGCGGACGUAACUCGAAAAAUUAUAAGUGACUGAAUGUUUCGCCGGUUUCCUUAGAUCGGUUCAUGUGUGUGAUUUUACGUAAUAUUCUAUAUUAAUAAGUGUAGUGUGACUAAAAGUACGUUGAUAUUCGUGAAGAUACGCGAUAUGUGGUAAUUUCUCAAAAUUCUCCGUUCCUAAUGUUGCUAUAACUUGGACUCGAGUUCCUCAUUAGCCUCGCCUUGUAACCAUGUUAUCGUACAUGCUUCCGGUAGAUGAGAAACCUCCUCCGGGACCACCAAAGAGUCAUUUACAACUCUCUUUGAGUGGCGGCGAUCCGGUAGCCAACGGGAGGACGUCCACGCCUAUUUCUAAGGAAACUAGCGUCAGUUCUUUUGCCAGUGAUCUAACCACAGCUACGGCUAGUCAUAGUUCAAUGACUACUCCUACUAGUACAAGCGAUAAGGGAAAACCCAAGUUGAUGGUUAAUGGUAAACAUCCUACUUUGAAAAGGGUGUCUUUUGGCAGUUCCAAAGGAUCAAUGGUAGAAACGCUUAUUUUCGAAACGCCGGUUCAAGAAGAGCCCGAACCUAGUCCGAUACCUGAAAACAGCAGCCCUUUCCCUGCCGACCUUGAUCAAACUGAGGCCGAACGAGAAAAAGUAAAAGUGAAAUUUUUUCAACAAUCGAAACCUCUGGAAGUCGACUUACCGAAUGAGCCUAUUUUCCCAGAAACGAAUUUCCUAAUGGCGUCACCGGUAACAAUUAGCGAAACUAAUCACGUGGUUUAUACUAGAACCGAAAGUAUUGAAAGCGGUUGGGACAACCCCUUCCGACCAGGAGGCGAUCUCAGUCGAGAAGCCGACGAAAUAGUAGAACUAAUCAAAGGCGGUAAACCGAUAACGCCAACGCCAGGUCAACAACCGCCUCCUAUCCCGAACUCCGAUUCCACAGACCACACUCAAUUAGCGAAUAACGUCCAGGAACCGAUCACCGAGUCUCCUAAGAAAAUCGCCUCGCUCCAAGCGGCGGCAACGACGCCGGUUACGCCUAAAAGCGCUAACGGUACCACCCCGAAGAAUAAUAGCACCACUCCAGGUACUGUGGAAGUUCAAAGAGUGACUGUUAAACCAGACGGCGACGCGUCCCAAGUCGAACACAUCACUAUCAAAAAGAAACAAAAGUGUGCGUGUUGUGUUAUACAAUAAAUUUUAGAUUUAUAUUUAGGAAUAGUUUCUGUUACUAUUGUAACUCAUUCAUGAGGACGGUGGUGUGAAAAGGAUCGAUAUUGAGGUUACGAGGUACCGUGGUAUCUGUGAUAAGGUAGCUGACGUUAUUAUGUGAACGGAAUGGUAAUGGUAGCUUGUGAUUUUUUUCUAGAAAAAAUAUUUAAUAUGAGUUCAAAUUAACAGCAAAUUUAUGACAGGGUAUAUCCAGAAAGUAUUGCGUCAAGGUCAUCGCGAUUUCCAUGCGGAAAGGCUUUAACGGGGAUAACCGAGGGCCCUCUUGGUCCCGGAGUAUGACGCUGAUCUAAUUUGUGGUCAGAUAGGAAGCCGACCUUCCAGGAAUCCUUUAUAUCUAGCUUGACCCUUUGUUUUAUUAAUCUUCGACGAAAAAUUUGGCAGAAACGGUUUGUCCAGGUGGCAGAAAAUCGACCUUUUUUCCGACUAUUCCGCAACAUCUUGUGCCAUUUGUCCGACUGGGAUUUCGAGAGAUAAUCCCUAAAUGCCUCCUCAAGAUUUACAAAUUUCUCCAUCGGUGUUGUCUGGAGUCUUACACAAAUCUUGUACCACCACUGGAUCGUUUUUAUCCUUCGUGCAAUGAUUCAAGCAUCCUGUCCUGUGGCUUGGUCCUGCCCCCAGUCGAUUCGGAAAAGAUGGCACGCAUUACUUUCCGGACAUACCCUGUAUAUACGUGUUAGUAAAUGUGAAGGGCAAAAACAAAUCCUAAAGGUAUUCAUCUCAUAGCUUUUGUGUAUUGUAUUCAGCUUGUGGUCUUUUUAGUACUUCCAGUUUGAAAUUGCAGUUUUUCUCUUAAUAUUACUAAUUGUAUUUUUGAAGUAAAAAACUCUAUGUGAAGUAAUAGAAUAACAUCCAUUUAUUUAUAAAAAAUAACGAUUUUCAUUGUUCAAAACACCCAUCAGCUGCUUUGAAAUUAAAAACUGAAUUAGAUAUAUUAGUUUGCCUGAAAAAUGUGGCAACAAUGAGAAACUUUUUCAUUAUUUAUGUUAUGAAACAAAGUAGGAUUGAUUAUUAAUGCGUAGUUUGCCAUUUAGAACAAUUUUUCAUAUCCAUAAUUUACAGUAUUGCCUAAAAUAAAAAUAUGCAUAUUUUUUGAUAAAACUCGUAUACUAGUGAUAUAUGUGAUAUUUAUGUUCCGCCUUACGAACCAUGCAGAAUUUUUUAUAUAAAAAAAUCUUUUUGUGUAACAUUAUUAAUAAAAAAGUUUCUAAUAGGUAACCCACCUUUUUAGACACACUGUAUAUACUGUUGUAUUAUAUAUAAAAAAAAUGGUAGAUAAUUAAAGAUAUUCUCAAACAAUUUAAUCACAAGCUUAUCGUAAUCGCUUAUAGGCACUUAAAGAUUUUCAUUCAAAUUUUGAAAAUGACUUUCUUUUAUUUUCAAAUGAGAUUUUUGAAACAAAUCAAAUUAGUACAAAAGUUAUUGAACUUAUCACAAAAUAUUUCAUCAAUAUUGGAAAAAGUAUGUUCUAAACGUAUUAAAAAUGAAAUCUUAAUCAAAAUAUAUAAUAUAUAUGUUGUUAUUUGAAAAUACGGGGGUUUGACGUAACGUAUCGAUAUCUCCCAGUAUUUGAAAAUACAUAUUACAACGUACAAAUAUACGUGAAAGUUGCAAAUUAUAUAUUUUUACUCCAAGCAGUACUAAAUUGGAAAGGAAGAAAAAUGUACAUAGAUCUGAAAAUGAUAAUUUUGACACGUCCUAUUUAUAUAUACUGCAACCACAGACCUAAUAACAUAAGUGACCAAAUAUUCUAUUAUCCAAUUAUCCUUGUCAGCUUAGAAUUGCUUUCCGAUAACACUGCAAAAUGCGUACCUUCGUAUGCCGCCAGUGGUCUACUGAUUGUCAACUAAUUUUACUAUAAAUAAAACAUUUUUUUAGUUAUUUUAUAAUACAUUUGGAUUUUUUUAAACAUUUCGAUAGAGCUAAGGUAAUACUUCUAUUGCCUAACCUUGAUAUUGAAAGUCAAACUAUUGAACUAACGAGAUUUAUUUAAAAAAAUCACAAGGAUAAUUGCUUGAUUAAAAUUUAUAGAAAAUAAAAACACUACAUAUUAUUUUUUAUACUGAACACACAUUUAUACCAACACUACAUCAACACUCACAAUUACACUGUUUCACCAAGUUAUCGUUAUGAAGUUCAACCUUCAAUCUCCGAGGACGCUAAACUAGUACUAAUAGUUAAACCGAAAUGUAAGGCAACAGAAUAUUUCAAUAAUAAUAACAAAGAAAAUGGCCCGCCACUGAUGAUAAACAAUUUUGUUUUCUAAACAUGAAACAUAACCACACUUACCUGCGAAAAGUUAAAUCUACAAAUAAAUAAUACAUUUCCACUAACAUCACUGUCACGAACCAUAAUUGUUUGAUAAUUGAUGUUUUUUUCAAGAAAAAUCCCAGAUAUAACCUAAUAAUUAAAAAUUAUAGAUGCAAAGUUUCUGGAAGGCAAGAAAUAAAUUCAUUCGUUAUUAUGUAUCCAGCCAUCUCUUAGCGUAAAAUUGUCAACAGUGUUGCCAUGCUUCUUUUUAUCUCAUACGAAUAAUUAAUAAAAUGAAAUUAUUAUUUUAAAAUGAGCAGUUUGAUUUUAAUAUUGAACAAUUUAAUAUAAAUUUGAAUUAAAUCAGUAUUUUCUAUUACUUAAUUGCUAAUGAUACUAAAUUGCUCCUAUUUUAUUUUUUCUCGAGAAACUUAUACUGUUUGUAAAUUUGGCUACACUGUGGCUACAAUUUUUAUAGCAUAGAAUAUGGCUCAUUUUAGAAAUGUAAACAAUUUGGUCUUUUGUGUUACUAGGUAUGUGACUGCAACAUAUUUUAUCUUUAUGCAUUAUUUUAAGGUAUUUUAUCACAGAUAUACUUAUAAGUGAUAUUUAAUAGUGAUCAUUUCGAUCUUUUUUUCAACACUUUUAAUAAUAUUAUGCUUUGAAAAGAUAAUAGAAGAGCAGACUAAAUCUACUGUUGCUUUUUUGUAACAAGUGCAGGAUAAAAAAGUCAACUAGACUGAAUUUUUCGAAAAAAAAAAAAACAAAUGAAUGUAAGAUAUAUGUAUAACGUGAAUAAUCAGUUCAUCGAUUACCAAUUUUAUGUAUUUUGACGAAUAUUUUUAUAGACUAUAAUUUUUUUAAUUAAUCUUCAAGGUACAAAAAAUUGUAUAAACAAAUUUCAAAUGUAAAUAAAAUCAUUAUUUAUUAUUGACGUCACUGCAAUGAGAAUCAACUAACCCAGUAGUCCUCAAUACAUAGGAAAACUUUUAUGCAUUUCGAUGAAUUUCUCGUUUCCGAUUGCCCUAAUUGCGUUGUUUACUUUACAGACUCAAUUAGAUUUUUUGGAUUGUGGUAAUUUUUCAUGUACUUCAUGCUGAAUUAACUUUGCGUCUUUUAAAAGACCAAGAACAUUAUACCUACAUGGACUGUUAUGAGCUACCACAACCUGGAUCUGCUUUCCGCCCACUUACCUAGCAAACAUCAGAAUUUCUAACAUUGAUCACUAUUCUGUUAAUUGAUUCUCAUUACACAACUGAAGAUUCCCUAUCAGCAGGUUUCCAAAACAAAAAGACAUUGACACAAUCUUGGUUAUUAAUCCUAUGGUGUCAACAAUAAUCCAUAUAUAGAUAUCAACAUUUUAAAACCCUAAUUGAUUCUUAGUAAUAAGUCAAAUCAUAUCUCAAAGAAACACGGAAAGAAGAAUAUUAUGCGAGAAAUGAAAAAGAAGAUACAGACAUAAAUGUUAGGAACCAUAACGAAUUGUCAAAAUGGUCGCCGUGGAGUGAGCAAAUACUUUUGUCAAAUGUUGCUUGAAAGCUUUCUUACAGACUGACUAAAAAAUAUUCAGUUUCAGCUUUAUAAGUUCCACUGAAAUAGAUCUAGAGUCCGCUUAACACCAUAGAACAAAAAAACAACUCUCACUACCGCUAACAUCGAUUGUUUGCCCCACGGCUGCCAUUUUGACGUACAUCAAUUGUUUUGUUUUGGAUUACCAAAUCCACCCUAUCGGAGAAAAAAGAAGAAA